AUGCCUUCGCUCACACUGUAUCGCAGCCAGUACCACUUGGCCUCCGACUCCAUGCCCUUCCUGGGGGUCUUUUUGUUCGUUCCGUCCUUUGCGCUGCUCAUCUGUUAUGCUGUGUUCCUCGCCAUCUGGCACUCCCCGCCGCCAGCCAGCUGCACCGGUAGCCAGCCAGCCAUGCGGCAGUCGGUGGUGUUUGGAAUGUUGGGCCUUGCUGUCUUCAACGUGCUUGCCGCUGCCUUGAUGAUAGUGAUCGGGCUGCAAGGCACGCCUUUCGAGCCCAGCAAGCGCCGCGCCAUGGUGCCGUUGCUCUACAUCCAGGCGGUGAAGUGGGUGGCCGGCAUCGGCUUCUCCGCAUACUGCUUCUGGGCCGUUUACAACAUCGACGUCACCUGCUGGACUACCGACCUGCUGCGGCUGAUGAAGGGGACCCUGUGGGGCUCCAUGGCGCUGUAUACCACGCUCCUCCUGUUCUUCUACUUCGCCCUCAAUGUUCUGGCCGACUACUCGCCUGAGAAACGGUGGCAGAUCCGCCUGAAGAAGCUCUCGCACAUGCUGGGCUGCUACAGCACGCUGACGCAGGCGGGCCCAGGACAGGAGACCUCUGGCGAGACUCCCCUGGAGGAGCUAGCUGCCUGGUUUUCGCGGUUCUUUGGCAAUAUCGACCUGGAGAAGAGCGAUGUGCUGGCGGGGCUGGCCCUGGUGGAGAUCAUGCAGGUGCACCAGCGCAAAACGGUGAUUGCUGAGCGGCUGCAUCAGCAUGGCGCGAUCGCCGACAGCAGCUUGCAAGAAGUAGAAGCCAAAGCGGCCAGAGCCGUGAAGAAGCCAGGGCAGGAGGCGGAGCAGGCGGCAGCAGGCGCCAGCCGGCAGCAGGCGGAAGCAGGUGGCACCAGGCAGGAGGCAGCAGGCGCCAGCCAGCAGCAGGCGGAAGCAGGUGGCAGCAGGCGCCAGUCAGGGGACUACCACAGCCCACAGCCCGAUGUGGAGAUAGACAUGGAUGGCCUGUUCAGGCAGUGGAUGCGGGACGUCUCAGGCUGCAAGGACUAUGUCUCCAUGGACUCGCUGGUGGAGGUACAGCGCUUUCUUAAGUACGCCAUCGCUGCCUAUGGCGUCCCGCUCAGCGGCUCCAAGCUAGCAUGGACUGUAGCAGCUGCCAGAGCGCUGGCCGGUGCCAAGGAGCCUAUGCAGCAGCAGCUGCAGGGCGACGCGGCGCUACUGAAGGCAUAUAUUGCCAACAUCAGCCGCGAUAACUUCAUCCACCUCUCCUUUGCCAACGCAGCGCUGGGCCUUACUCCCUACAUGAUCGUGCUGGACCGGGCAAGCCGCACGGUGGUGCUGGCGGUGAGGGGCUCCAACAGCAUGGAGGACUUGCUGACCGACAUGAUGGACAGGCCUGUCAACAUCACAGACUGGAAGCACCCCGAUUGCGCCAGCGACGUCUUUGCCCACAUGGGCAUGUAUUCAGCCGCCAAGGCGGUGCUGCAGGACCUCAACCAGCACCAGAUCCUGCCCAUCCUGCUGACCGGUGCUCCGCUGGCCUCAGAUGAGCGGCAGCGCCAGCAGGCCCGGCACGCCCCCGACGAGCGCCAGCUGCGCUGGCAAGAGCAUCGCCUGGCACGGCACAGCCUUGAUCCAAAUGUGGGACGGGAGGGCAAGAAGCAGAAGCAGGGGCAGAAGGUGCAGCCCGGCCUAUGGAGCCGCCAGCUGAGCGGCUGGGACAGCGAUCGGUCAGACUGGGGCUCCCUGGCUGGUGGCGACAGCCUGGACCUUCACGCGGCUGUCAGCCUGCCAGCUGGCAUCGGCAUGGGUGGCGUGUCGUUCCAGGCAGCACCCGAGCAGCAGCGACAGACCCAGGACCUGGGCGGUGCUGCCGGGCACAUGUCUGGGGCGUUAGUAGGAGACAAGUUAGGCAAUGCCGACCCCGCAGCAGCACAUGGCAGCAAUGGCAACCAUGCCAGCACCAUCAGCACACAGGGCGGCAAGGGCGGGUCCCAGCAGCGGCUGGAGGAGCGGCUCUCUCCUGCCGACUACCAGCGCAUGCUGCAGGGGCGGGGCCUGGACUGCCGUGGCUGGAAGCUGGUGGUGACGGGGCACAGUCUGGGCGCGGCUGUGGCGGCGCUGGUGGGCAUGCACCUGCGCGACUGGUGCCCAGGCACCAGGGUGCUGUCCUUCAACCCUCCCGGCGGCAUGAUCACCCCCAACCUGUCGCAUGCCGUGGAGGGCUUUGUGACCAGCGUGUGCGUGGGCAAGGACUCCAUCAGCCGCACCGGCACCGUCACCUUUGGCAGGCUGCUGGACCAGAUGGUGCUGGCGCUGGCCCGCACCAGGCUGCCCAAGGCCUUCACCCUGCUGAGGCUCAGCUCUGCCACGCUGCGCGAGUGCCCGCCCGACCAGAUCUUCCGCCCCGUUGACCAGAUCCCGGCAGAGGCGCUGGCCAUCGUCAGGCAGUAUUUUGAGAGCAAGCAGCGAUGGGCAGACGUGUUUGUGCCGAUGUGCCCGCCGGGCCGCAUCCUGCUGCUGCGGCGCCUGAAGGAGGACGCCGCCGCCUUCAAACGGCGGGAGAAGCGUGCGGCAAAGGCGUCGGGCAGGCACCAGGGCCGGCAGAAGCGGCCGGCGGCGCCGCGGCUGCUGUGGUGCCCCAGCUGCAGCGGCACGCUGCUCAUGUGGGACGCGGUGUGGGUGCGCCCCGAGCAGAUUGCCAGCGAGGGCAUCCUGCUGAGCAGCACGCAGGCCUCAGACCACUUCACCUCGACGCUCACCUUUGUGCUGGACCACCUGACGGGGCAGGAGACCAUCACGGGGCAGCCGCAGCCGCCGCCGCAGGCAGAGCCGCCAAGCUGA